AUGUGCACGUUGACUUUCAGUGCUCGUCGUGUCGGGGCGUACCUGCACGUGGCCACCGUGGGAAUUCUGGUUUUCGUUCACAGAGCGACUGCGGGCUACGUCGCUGGCAUUGCGCCUACGGCGCCUCCCCUCUCGCAUCGUUGCUUGGGCGCGCCGGAAUGGGCUCUUUGCUUUGCGCUUAUCGCGCGGGGUAGUGGACAGGACGCGUGCGCGUCGGGACGGUCGUCGGAAGUUGAUGAGCUUGGCCACCGCCUCGGUGCUUCUCGACUAAUCUCUAUCGGAAGAAUUCAAGCCAGAAUCGUCGGAUUUCUCGUGAGACGCGGUCGUCUGCUUCGCCCGGCGCUUCUUCGUCGCAGUGAGGAAACGAUCUUCACUUCUGACGGACGGUUUAUCAUCUCCUUCAAGUGGAGGCAAACGCCUUGGCUCUUCUCUACUGGACGCAUUCAAGCCCAGAGCCUUCUCUACGCGGUUCUACCGUUGGACGACCCUUUUCUCGUCGUGCGGAUCUGCUUCUCCCGACGCACGGCGCAAGGCGCACGGCGCACGGCACACCAACAUGUCGCACGGCAUUCGCCUCUUGAGGACCGAUCUUCUUGGUUGAGUGGAGAUAACCUUUCUUCUCACGUGGGCCUGCUUCAUCCUUCGCACGCGCUUGAAGACAGAGGCAUCCGUCGCACGGGCGCAUGA